ACUUGGUACGAGCCCAGGAACUCCUUCAACCAUUCCCCGCACAUGAAGACUCCGGUAAACGCAGAGGGCACACCGAGGAGGACCCGAACAGGAGCCCGGCCGGCAGGCUGGAGGAGGAGGCAGGUGCCGCUGGAUGAGGAGUGUGACUAGGCGUUUUCUACCCGGUGACAGAGACCAUCACAGCGGUGCAUCCUCCAGGAUAGGCGCUCCUCCUGCCCCCCUUUCCCCAUCCGCGGCUGCAGCCCACCGACCAUGGCCCUGGUGACUCUGCAGCGCUCGCCCAGCCCCAGCACAGCAUCCUCGGCCAACAGCAGCGCGGGGGAGGAUUUUGGAAGUGACGAUGACAGGAAAAAUAAUCAGAGCGUCAGUGAGAGCUUCUUCAUGGUCAAAGGAGCCGCACUGUUCCUCCAGCAGGGCGGCGGUGCCACAGGACCAAAGACGCCAACACACCACCAACAUGCAGGUGAUUUACCUCAACACCUGCAGAUCAUGUUUAAGAUCCUACGGUCCGAAGAUCGCAUCAAGCUGGCUGUUCGGUUAGAAAGUGGGUGGUCGGAUCGUGUGCGUUACAUGGUUGUCAUUUACACUAAUGGACAUCAAGAUACAGAGGAAAAUAUUGUUCUAGGAAUGGAUUUCACAGACAAGGAAAGUAAAAAUUGCUCCAUUGGGAUGGUUUUGCCACUGUGGAGUGAUACCAACAUCCAUUUAGAUGGAGAUGGAGGCUUCAGUGUGAACACAGCAGGGCGGUCACAUGUCUUCAAGCCUGUGUCUGUGCAGGCCAUGUGGUCUGCCCUGCAGGUCCUUCAUAAGGCGUGCGAAGUGUCACGCCGGUUCAACUACUUCCCAGGGGGCAUCGCUCUCACGUGGAUGGCCUUUUAUGACAGCCACAUCACCUCGGAACAAAGCUUCAUCAAUGAGUGGAACGCUAUGACCGACCUGGAGACCACCAGGUCUGAGUCUCCCAACAUGUUUGUUGACGGACCGACUGAGCGAGAGAGAACGGAGUGUCUCAUCAAAGCCAAACUUCGUAAUAUAAUGAUGUUUCAAGACCUGGAGAACAUCACCUCAAAAGAGAUCCGUAAUGAGCUGGAGCAGCACAUGAGCUGCAACCUCAAGGAAUACAAGGAGUUCAUCGACAACGAGAUGCUGUUGAUCCUGGGUCAGAUGGAUAAGGCCACACUUAUUUUUGACCAUGUAUAUUUGGGCUCUGAGUGGAACGCUUCCAACCUUGAAGAACUACGCGACUGUGGGGUCGGAUACAUACUGAAUGUCACCAGAGAGAUCGACAACUUCUUUCCUGGGAUGUUUUCCUAUCACAACGUCCGUGUGUACGAUGAGAAUGCUACUGACCUGCUGGCCCAUUGGAACGACACCUACAACUUUAUAGUCAAAGCAAAGAAGAAUAAUUCAAAGUGCCUGGUGCACUGUAAGAUGGGGGUGAGCCGGUCUGCCUCUACAGUUAUUGCUUAUGCAAUGAAGGAGUACAACUGGUCGCUAGAAAAAGCGUGUAACUUUAUCAAGCAGAAGCGGAGUAUAGCUCAGCCCAACGCCGGAUUCAUGAGACAGCUGGAAGAAUACCAGGGAAUCCUGGAUGCCAGUAAACAGCGUCACAAUAAGCUGUGGAGACCUGGCACAGAUGAGGAUGGUUCAGAUGAUUUGCAAGCAUCGGGACACUCCACUGGCGGAGAGGAGACGCUUGCGCUCAGAGAGGACGCAGCCUGGGGAGGCUGCGGGGCAUCUCCCUGCAGGGGGGUUGGUCUGGAGAUGGAACCCCUAGAUUCGCUGAACUAUAAUUAUUACUUCAGACGAUUGUCAGACUCUGCACUCGACAGUGAGCCCUCCACACCGGUACGGGGACCGCCUCUGCUGGGAAUGGAGAGAGUUUUCAUUGAGAUUGAAGACGUAGAGAGAGAUGCCUUACUGGAGGACGAGGGGUUCCCGAUGGCCCACUUAACCCUGCCUGGGGAGGGCACAGCAGCUCAGACCUGCGGCCGCCUUGAUCCUUUAGAGGACAUGAGACACAGACUGGAGAUCAGCACUUUGGAGGAAGAGGAUGAGGAGGAGGCCAAGAAGGAGGAAGCUGAGAUGGCAGCUUUGGCUCAAACACCUGGGAAUUCAGAUGGCGUGAAGGUGGGAGAGGAGGCUGAGAGGAGUGAGGAGAGCCGGAUCGGCUUAGCCAACCUGAACACUAACAACAGCAACCGUCUAGCCGCCAAGCGUAGCUGUCCUGCAGCUUUUGACGACAGUGCUAGCACAGGAAACCCUUUAAAAGUGAAACCCUCCUAUCAGUCCUGCAAAGACUGCAUGCGUCUACCACAAGGACGGCGCUGUGACCGUCCAGCAGGAGGCCGUUCCCACCGCCUUAACCCCUCCCGCCACUGCUCCAUCCCCUCAAUAUGCAUAGAUCCACCAGGGACGCAUUUCUCUUCCACGUCGAUCCUGCAGCCGCUGACGACCCCUGCAGUCGUCCCACCUGACCUGGUCCAGCCUUGUUCUUAUCUCUACCACUGUGCCACCUGCACCCUCGGUGACACGUCGCACCCUCGAGCCAACCACCAGAAACUCUUCUCACCCAUGAACUGUGAGGAGACGCCUCACGACAGCAGCUCAGCGGUGGACAUGGAUGGACCACAGGGGGGAGUCGUGGAUGAAGAGACAUUGAGACGGAGCACCGAGACCAUUAAUGUGACUGAUGCCGAGGGGUUAAAUUUGCAACAUGGACGGAGAGUUGAGCUCCAGCAGCAGAGUCUCGUCCAACUGCAGAUACCAGGACUCAGGGUGGAAUUUGGACUUGAACUGAUGCGACAGAGGGCAGGGCAGCUUGAGAAGCUGCCAGGCAUGGCCAUGGAGGGCCAGCUCCCAGUGGGGCCCUUGCCUUAAUACAGCAUCUCACGCAUUGACAAGAUAGAAGAGGUGGCUUACCACUACCUCAACCAGUAUGACAGCUGUUAAAUAUUAAAUGGCCACUGCUGUGGUGUCAUAUCUCAAACAGAGCUCUGAAAUGACCUCUACUGUAACGUCCUGGGCUCAUGGCUCCAUUUUCACCAGGCUGCAGGAGCUCUUUGAGCAUUUACAGUGCCCUGUUGUAGAGGCCUGACAUUAAGAGCCGGAUGAUGCUGGUUGUUUUUUAACCCAUGUGCUUAACGCCUGGAUCCCUCUGGAAGAUUCCCCCGUGUUUUUCACCUGCUCCUCAGUGCAACGCAGACGCUUCCUGGGUCAGAUCAUGAACACCUGACCACAUCCUUGCAGAGAUGCAGUACUCUUACCUUCAACCAACCGGUUUGGUGAGACGGCGGUUGUGCGUUGAAUCUUGUUGUUGUUUUUUGUCUGAUACCAGAUUGCUACAUUUAGCACAAAAAUAUUGAAGAGAAAAAUACCUGAAGUGUUGUGUUUUCUGUCUGUAUGCUGUAUGUUUCAAUCAGCUCAACAACAGUAAUCAAGAGGAAGCUCAAUAGAUAUUUCCAUGAGCCUGUUCUAUUUCAUCCACUAGCUCCUCGCGUUGCUACGCUCACUUCACUUCAACCUCUACGUCUCCUGCCACUGCUGCCGUUACAUCUGUAGAGGGCUCUUUUCUUUUAUUUUAUAUGUGAAAGCAUAAUUUAUCAACAGGAUGUGAUCAUAUAUGAGCUUCUCGGACCACAAACAGUUCAAAAAAGUUUAUUUUGUUGGGGUUUUUUUUAGUUAAAGAGUGUGUUGUUCGCUUUCCUCCGUGGCUGCUUCACCCUGACCUCUUCCAUGAAAUCUAAUGUCAUCAUGUACUUGCAGCACUCAGCUAAGGCUGAUCCUGCAUUGUUCAAAAACACAUGUUCAAAAUGUCUUAAAGGUUGUUUGUUUUUUCUUUCAACAUACUAAGAAAGCCUCUGCCAUUCAGAUAUUGUCUUUGUUGAUUACAAUGUAAAACAAAAACAAAAAAGUUCACUGAGUCUUUAAAACGAAUGAUGAAAUUAACCAUUUGAAUCUAAGCCUUGAUCUUGUGCCUGAAAGAAUGAUAGAAGAUACAUUGAGGAACAUCAGAUAUUUAAUCGCACUUCAUUAAUUUUAGCUCAUGAGAUCAUUUCAAAUGAAACCAAACUCAUAUCAUGCUUAACCCCUUUUUGUUCUUUUUUAAAAUCUUUAUAGCGUUUGGUGGUUCAUUGUCUCAGUCCUAACUUUUCCAUCACUUAUUUAAGACAAAAAAGAUUUGAGGGUAGGGUUUAGGCUUUCUCUAAUGCACACGUAUCAUCUACAGAUUAAGCACUUGAGCACAACUCUAGUAUUCUUUCACUGAGUUCAGAGAUAUAUUUCAGAUAUUUAGCAACAGAAUAUUUAAUCUAAACAAAUUCGAGCACAGUAACUCUGAAAAGGAGACAUCCAGAAUAAAGCAUCUAGUGUGUGCUUAAAAGAUCUUGUCAGAUUCUUUGCUUGUAACGUUCAGUGGUUCUCUCCCUGGGCUUUAUUUGAUUAUCACCAGACGGCUAACGAUCAGCAGCAGGUCCUCGUAAACUUUGCUGAUAAUCUGUUUUGCUAAAUGGAAAGGGGAAAAAAAUGGCAACUAUGUGAAAAUUUUGAAAAUUAUUUCUCUUAUUAAAGAAAAGAAAAUAACCCACCGUAUGUUAUCAAGACAGCUUAAUAGUGUCGCACACUCAGGUUUAAGGUCCUUACAAUCAGUUACAUUUUUUUCUUUUUUACAUUUUUACUUUUCUUUUAAUGUGCCAUUGGCUGAAAACUUUUUGUUAUUUUUUUUUACAAGGAUUUGUAAAAACUCGUGUUACAAGUCUAAAAAGGCUGUGCCACACAGUGUUACUCUGCAGGUUUUUUCAGUUUGGUUGAUGAUGUGAUCUUACUUUUUAUGGCACACUGGGUGUGCAUGAAUGCUACUGAAUGAUGCCUGUCUGCCUGUAGGAAAAGCACAUGCAAGUACUGUUACUGUAAUCUGAGCACUUCAGGAGAAAAGAAAACUGUGCAAAGACUGAAUGCAAAUGAAUUAUUUUUAACUAAGGUAUUACUGUAAAUAUGCAGGGUAGUUUUUUGUUUUGUUUUCGGGUUUCUGUUUCAUUCGAUUAGAACACAAAAGCGAAUCCUGGGUUCCUUCCUUUAAAAUAAAUGAAUCUUAGGGAGCUGCAGGUUUGCUCCACUGAUAAGAUUCAAACAUUUAGAUUUUCUUUUUAGCUGUUUCUUUCCCCUCAAAUGGCUGUUUUUGCAUUAUGUAAAAUUACACGUUAAGAAAGUUGUUGAAAGUGGUGAUACAACCCAUCAGAGAUGUCAAAUUGCUAAAAAGUUACAUUAAAGAUGCGACCAAGUUGCAACCUUUCUAAAGACAGUGAAAUAGUCUAAUAUUCUGGGGGGAAUUGUUUGGCCUUUUUAUAAAUUUGGCUAUGAUAAUCAGUCAUUUAGCUUAGCAUAAACAAUGCACUGAUGAUCACCUCCACAGUUCAACUCAUCACAUUAGAUUUCAUAUCCUAUCAUGAACUGUUGAGCGUGCACGACACCCCUCGCCUGGUCACGGCUGGGAAAUGCUCCAUCCCCCUAUGACCCCCAAAUGUAAUUAAAGCAGAUGUGGAAAAUUAAUUAAAAUGGCACAAAAGAGUUGAUGUGAAGAGGUUUGGUGUUUAGUUCAUUUUACAACAAUGUUCAAGAUUUACUAAUUAGGUCUCUUUUUAGCCACUCUCUUCUUUUCUCUUCUGUCAUUACUUUCUUGAGUCUCAUAGUUCUUUCUGCUGUGAUGUCCACUGUAGCUCUGUGAGUUACAGUAAUUGUUGCUGAUGCGUGACAUUGCGCUCUAAAGCAGUGGUUCUUAAGGCUUCCGAACCCAACACAACCCCUUAAUGACAAGCCACGACCCAAAAGAAGGAAAACUUUACAGUUCUCACAUUUAUUUCAUGUAAAGAUGGUGCAGUUUAAAUCUCAGUUUAUACAGAAUUAACAGUGCUUUUAUGCACAAAUGUAAAAAUAAAAGUGUAACAACUGAAAAGUAGUACAUUAGGGAAAGGCCUAGGACCCACUGAAAAACGGAUCAAAGACCCACUUUUGGGUCCCAGACCACCAGUUGAGAAUCACUGCUCCACAGAGACUGCAAGAGCCAGACAUUGCUUGUUGAAAGUAAACAAAUGCCCAUGCAAAUGAAAAUGAAACCAAUUUGAACAUGAAAAAAGUUCUCUUCUCUUUUCUGAAGGAGCCAUCAAGUGGCAUUAAGUGGCAAACAAGCUGAAUGCAACCAACCUUGUACUCGUUUUCCUUUUCUUUAGAAGAAACGGUGGCUGCUUGCUAGGAAAGGCCUGCUCCUGAUUAAAUUCUAGGAUACUUAAUAAACAUGCCUAACUAAAGGCACACUAAGUCACUGCAUCGAUAUGAAUUGCAUUUGUAUGUAUUGCUCAAUUUAGGCUAGUUAAAUAAAUGUGACAUAUUAGAACUUUAAUUCAAGUAUUGGCUAAUAUAAGUAAGGGUUAUCUAGCUAGACUAGCCAACCGGCCACAGGCUGUAGCUUCACGUUUUCUUAGCAAGAGAACGUGUGUGGUCCACAAUUAAGAUGCCCAAAUUUAUGUUUAUGUCUGGAAUGGGGGGACAAAAUGCAAGUCCAUUUAAGGAGGUCGUGAUGGUCAAAGUGAAAGUAACUGAAUCUGUUGUCACGUCUCUGCAUCAUGCCAUAAUGCUUUAAAAACAAAGACUUUCUUUUGUUUUCAAACACUCGGUAGUCUUUUUGUUUCUAUCAUUCCGUUCCAUUUCCUUUCAAGAGUGGAUGUCUUAUGGGGGGUUGAAACCCUCCAUAAAAGCAUAUUGCAGGGAGCAGGGUUAUUAUCAUUCAGUACAUCAUUGUCUCUUUUGUCAUUUGAUAUCUCAGGCAUGACCCCCUUGCAGUUGCAUCAUUUUGGCUGGUGGUUUGCCGUUUUAGGCCUUGGAGAAUGAAACUACUGGUUUUGGUUUACUUUAAACAUUUCAUAAUAUUAACUACAUGUUAGAAAUCUGUAUUCGACAAUAUUUCCAAUUUAAUCUGAACCACCCCACCCCUCCAAAAAAAAAAAGGAAUCUCACAUUUUUACUGACAUGUUUGGAAGCGAAUGCAUCGUAGAUUAACAUAAUUAUUAAACAUUUUGACACAAGAUGGUGCCAGGCUAAUUUUUUAAAGGUAGGGUAUGAGACUCUAAGCUAUUUUUAACCUCGAACACUUUCAGAGUCAGUAAAUAUCUGCCAACUGUCAACUAACUUCCCACCUCAUGAGUACAAUGUUUUUGUUUUUCCAUUCAUUUGUUCUUUGUACACAGGUCUGGCUCUUAAACUGGAAAAAUAGACACAAUGACAAAUUGCUUCAGCAAGUCACCAUUAGGGGAGAGUUCAUGCAUGUGCUUGUGCGCAUGAGUCCGUUUUCUUGGGGAGCAGUGGAGGAGGUGAAGGGGAGAACUCGCUCCCCAUGUUCUGUUGAUGUUUUGUUCAAAUACCAACAGGUGUUACAUCAUCCAGAAAUUGCGUACCCUACCUUUAAUAGAGUUGUUAGACCUCCUGUGUGCUAUUACUAAUGUCUCAAAAUUAUUUUCUCUGGUUGUUUUAUUGUUUGACAUUUGCAAUUUGCUUCUCUAUUUAAGUGCCUUAACUUCAGUCGUACCACUGUCAUAGAGCAUCAGAAUUUUUGCAGUCUUUUGCGCGUUUGUUGAUGAUCUGGCUUUUUGUAUGUCCUUAACCUUACUCCCAGUAAUAACCUUCCUUCUUGCAAUGUUUAAAUUUAAACAUGACACAUGAUAUAUUGUAUGCAAGCACACGUAAGCCCAUCCACAGCAGCCUGCUCUCCCUCAUUACACACAUAUUUGAGGAAGUUCCAUUUAUCAAUAGCCUAUAAUACUAAUAUUGUAUUUGUUUGAUAUUGUUGAAACUUGUUGCAUAUUGUAUUGGUUCAAUGGCUGGCUGAAGAACCUUAUUCGCUGGGAUGAGAACUGCCAUUUAGAGGAUAGAGGUGUUUUAAAAAUUUUACCAUCUGUACAUAUCUUUCCCCUGCCGUACAAUUUUGCUAUUUGAGUACAUUGCUUGCAGAUGUGAACAUUAUUAAGAUAAACACUGAUUAUGCUACAAUGUGUUGAGAAGCACUUAUGAGUUCUCGUGUUCAUACCACAACAAAACUGACACUGGAUCAUCUAUAAGUUGUGAAAAUGACAUUACAAAUGGCUGCUUUUAAUUCUUUGUUUGUUUGUUUCUUUUCUUUUUUUAUUUGUUUGAUCCUAUUUGUCCCAGGUAGCAGGUUCAAAGCGACAAACCUAGUUAAAAGCUAGGUUUUGAAGGGGUCCAUUUAUUAAUGAGUGUAUUUUAGAGCACAAGUCUAGGCCAAAGCAUGUGAGGUGAAGUGGAAGAUGUAAGCCUUCCUGGGAGUUUUACCUUUUUUUUCUUUUUUUUUUUUACUUAUUGUACAUUGCCAAUGUUCAUGUAUAUGCACUUUUUAAAGUUUUGUUAAAAUGUUUA